AUGUGCACAGGGAAGUGUUCAAAGUGUAUUGGGAUCACCCUGUUCCCACUGGCGGCAUGUGCCAUAGUCUCCAACAUCCUGCUGUACUUCCCCAAUGGACGAGUUCUGCAGCUCAGUGAGAUAACUGAUCUGGUCUGGUUUUUCCAUGGCAUUCUGGGAGCUGGGAUACUGGUUAUUUUGCCGGCAUUCAUGAUGCUGGGUGCAGGUGGAGCAGGAUGUUGCGCUAACAGAUGUGGGAUGCUGCUGUCAGUGGUCCUGGCUGUGCUGGGAUUUGCAGGAGGAGCGUACUGUGUGGUCAUCUCUUCACUGGGGCUGAUUGGGGGUCCUCUGUGUGACACAGGUGAUGGAGAAUACCUCUACCCUUUCAGGAAUGACAGUCUGGAAGACAAUUAUUUGUUCAACCAGACAACAUGGAGCAUUUGCAAGGAACCUGAAAACAUCAUCCUUUGGAAUAUUGUCCUUUUCUCUAUUCUCCUGGCCAUUGGUGUGAUUGAAGCUAUUCUUUGUUUUAUUCAAGUCAUCAAUGCACUUACUGGCUUCAUAUGUAGCACAUGUAUGAGGAAAAGAAAGACAAAUAUUUCCGGAAUGUGA